AUGCACCACGACAACACGCGGAGUUUGUUGGCGUCAGCAAUUAAACUACGAUUCAUCGUACGGUACGAGGGUAAACCGUUGCUUGAACCAGACAAGCCUGUAUUGGAGUGCGCGCUGCCGCGACUGCAGCCGUUCGCAAAGUGCGCGGCGCUGCAGUGGGCGGGGCCGGCGCGGUGGGCGGGGCGUGCGGGGGCGGCGGGGCGCGCGGGGAGGGCGGACAUGUUCCGGCGCUGCCUGCAGCUGCUGUGCGACCCGCACCACACGCUCGCCUCCUACUGCAGGGAGCUCGCGCACGCUCUGCUGCAAAAUGAUUCUGCGCUGUGGGACAAAACAUUCACGAUAAUGAGUGAGAAGUUGUUUGAGAAUCCAUACUUGGGUACGGAUUUCCUGCGCCUGGGCAAGUACAAGAAAACCCUGUACGAAAUCAAACAUUACGAUGCAAUGGAUAAUAAUAAAAAGUUGAAGAUACUGAAAGAGUUGGAGGGUCUUCUGCAGCGUCCGCCGCAGAAGACGCUGCGCCUGUCGCAGCUGUGCCCCGCACUCGCCGCGCGCGACGUGCGCCACGACCCCGACCUGGCCGAGCUGCUCGACCUGCCCAAGGGGCUCAGCGUCGUCAGCUUCGACGAACAGGUGUGCGUGAUGACGCAGUCGGUGCGGCGGCCGUGCGUGGUGGCGGCGGCGCUGAGCGACGGCUCGCGGCGGCGCUUCCUGCACAAGCGCGGCGACCGCCCGCGCCUCGACGCCGCCGUGCUGCACGCCGCCGAGGCGCUGCUGCCCGGCCUCGCCACCUACAUGGUGAAGCCACUUAGUGAAGACUGUGCUCUAAUAGAAUACUUAGAAGAUCACAUCCAAUUGGACAGUUUGAUCGCAGAGUCUUGUGACUUGUCUCAAAUGAAUGUCCCUCGAGACGACGAGGAGCUAAUCCUGCGGCCGGCGGCGGCGGCGCUGCACGCCUUCCACGCAAGAUGCGACGCCGCACCCGCGCAUGCGCUCAGAAAAUCUCUAGAAAAGCGGUCAUCGAGCUUAGAAGACUUCGUUCGUAAGAAGGCGAGAUUUUUAGAAACAGUGGCUUCCACCACUUUACUCUGCUGGCUGUUUGGCGUGGGCGACCGGCACACGCAGAACGUGCUGGUGGGCGCGGCGGGCGGCGUGGCGUGCGUGGACUGGGCCGACGCGCUGCGCCACGGCGCCGCCGAGCUGCCGCCCGCGCGCCUCACGCGCACCGUGCUCGCCGCGCUCGACGCACGCCUUCUGGAGAGCCGCUUGCAACAACAACUGUCGGAGCUGAGAGACUCUGCUACUAUUAACAUCGAAGUCAUCAAAUUCGCCUUCACCUGGACGGAAGAGAAAGUUAUUCAGAAGUUAAAAUACGUGGAAGGUUUUCUGAACGGCAAGUACCUCCCACACCACGUGACUAAGAUGGCGCUGAGGGAGCAAGGCGGCAAACACUUUACAAAGUACAUAGAGCUGCUCGACGAGGUGUUCGACGACUACAAGGAUCGAGAAGACGAACAGUACACUGUGGAGGAGCAGGUGUCAUGCCUCCUCCGUCAAUGCACGGACCCGCGGAUCCUGUCGGUGACGCGCUACGGGUGGCAACCCUGGCUCUAGACUAAAGCUGAAGUCGUCAAGAAUUCGGAAA